AUGUUGAGUUUCGGAUUGAUUGCGCUGCAGGUUCUGGCUGCAGGUGCGUUGCCGGAUAGGUUCGAUACUAGGGAUUUUCAGCAACCCAGACAGAGUGAAGCCGACGUGCAGGAAGGCGGUGGUGGUGGUGGAGGAGGAGGAUGCCCUGCAGUAUGGCGAGAGAUCCGAGCGAAUCUAUGGCCCAGGUUCGCGGGGUGUUCAAGGGGCGCGAGUUUUGCUAUUCGCUUUGCGUUUCAUGAUGCUGCAACGACCUCUAAAUCCACCCCCUUCUAUGCCCCAGCAGCCGGCGGUGCAGACGGCUCCCUCCUCCUGAAUGACGAAGAAGCUGCAAGAGCCGAUAACGACCCUCUCCAAGCUUUCCGCGGGAACUUGACAGAAGUCUACACCCAAUACCACGCCUCCCACAAUAUCUCAGCAGCAGACCUCGUCCAGUUCGCAGGAAACCUAGGAACCCGCGCAUGCGCCGGUGGUCCUCUUGUGAGAACAUGGGUAGGCCGUAAAGACAACUCCGCCGCCGCACCACCAGGUCUCCUCCCACCUGGUUUCGGCCCCGGCGCAGAUGCCGAUAGCCUAAUCGGUCUCUUCGCCGACAAGGGAAUAUCAGCGCAAGAUCUCGCCGCUCUCAUCGGGGCGCAUUCUGUCAGUCAGGCGUUUGCGCAGCAGAUUAAUGGGAUCCCGGCUGCUGGGAGUCAGGAUAGUACGCCGACGGUAUGGGAUACUGUUUACUACAGCGAAGUACUGGAUUCGAAGAAUGAGACGGGUGUGUUUGAUUUCGAGAGUGAUAGGAAUCUUGCUGCUGAUGGGACGACGAGGCCGUUCUUUGAGAGGUAUGCGAGGAGUGUGAGGGCGUGGAAUGCGGAUUUUGUGGUGGCUAUGGAGAAGUUGAGUCUUUUGGGGAUACCGCAGGCGGACCGGGCGAGGUUUGUUGAUUGUACGAGUGUUAUUGCUGGGUAG